AUGACUCUUUCACACAACAAUUUUAGCAUUUACCUGCUCGGAUACCGUGAAAACGGCUUAGCGGUAGAAAUGUAUUUUUUGGGAAUCCUAUGGCGUUUCAUUACGGAAAUUCGACAGAAUAUUGUCAAAGUUUCCGUCUCCACUAUCUCCGCUACCUCUACCUCUUCCGCCUCUACUUCUUUCUCACAUUUAGAAAAGGAACAAAAGGUAAUUGAAUUUGAAAGAAAAGGAACAUUAGGAAUUGCUUGUAUUAAGAUUUCCGCAGUACUUUUUUGUAGUAGUUUGAUUUAUCUGAUUUGGGCAGAAUUGUGGUGGACUGAUUCUGCGGCAACUUUAUUAUUUAGUAUUUUUUUUGCUAAAGAAGGUGGUGAGAUGAUCACCUGGGCCAAAGACAAGAAUUUUACCGGUGGAUAUAGUAGUCAGAUAGCUACCAAUGGCGAAAGACAAGGUAGUAAUUGUAAAACUGAUGAAGAGAGUGAGAUUGGUACUAAUAAGGAGAAAGGGCGACACUUACGAGUUUCAGUAAAUGAUGAUGAACAGGUUGAAGAGUCUACAUCUAUUGGAGGUGCUUGGUGGAGAGAAAAUGGCACAGAUAUUGAAUUGGAAAAUUUGGCAAAGAGCGUCAAAAAUGGAACUGAGACUUCAUUUUCUAUCGCUAUC